UCUUUCUCUCGCCGCCGCUCCGAGUCUGCGCCCUGGUGCCAGGCGCCCCAGCUCCGCGGCGCUCCCCUGUGCUCGCCCGGCGCCCACUCAUUCGCAGUCCAGCCUUCGCGGCCGCCGCCUCCCCGCUCCUCCUCCUGCUGCUGCUGCUGCUGCUGCUGCGCCUCCUCCUCCUCCUCCUCCUCCUUCUCCACCUCCUCCCCGAGCCCGCCGCGGCCAUGGCGGACAGCGCCAGCGAGAGCGACACGGACGGGGCGGGGGGCAACAGCAGCAGCUCGGCCGCCAUGCAGUCGUCCUGCUCGUCGACCUCGGGCGGCGGCGGCGGCGGCGGCGGCGGGGGCGGCGGCGGGAAGUCGGGGGGGAAGUCGGGGGGCAUUGUCAUCUCGCCGUUCCGCCUGGAGGAGCUCACCAACCGCCUGGCCUCGCUGCAGCAGGAGAACAAGGUCCUGAAGAUCGAGCUGGAGACCUACAAACUCAAGUGCAAGGCGCUGCAGGAGGAGAACCGCGACCUGCGCAAAGCCAGCGUGACCAUCCAAGCCAGAGCUGAGCAGGAAGAAGAAUUCAUCAGCAACACUUUAUUCAAGAAAAUUCAGGCUUUGCAGAAAGAGAAAGAAACCCUUGCUGUAAAUUAUGAGAAAGAAGAAGAGUUUCUCACUAACGAGCUCUCCAGAAAAUUGAUGCAGUUGCAGCAUGAGAAAGCUGAACUGGAGCAGCAUCUGGAACAGGAGCAGGAAUUUCAGGUCAAUAAACUGAUGAAGAAGAUUAAAAAACUGGAGAAUGAUACCAUUUCCAAACAACUUACAUUAGAGCAGUUGAGACGGGAGAAGAUUGACCUUGAAAAUACAUUAGAACAAGAACAAGAAGCACUAGUUAACCGUCUCUGGAAAAGGAUGGAUAAACUUGAGGCUGAAAAGAGAAUCCUGCAGGAGAAAUUAGACCAGCCUGUCUCAGCUCCUCCAUCACCUAGAGAUAUCUCCAUGGAGAUCGAUUCUCCAGAAAACAUGAUGCGCCACAUCAGGUUUUUAAAGAAUGAAGUGGAGCGGCUGAAGAAGCAACUGAGAGCUGCCCAGCUGCAGCAUUCAGAGAAAAUGGCCCAGUAUCUGGAGGAGGAACGUCACAUGAGGGAAGAGAACUUGAGGCUACAGAGGAAACUGCAGAGGGAAAUGGAGAGAAGAGAAGCUUUAUGUCGACAACUCUCAGAGAGCGAGUCCAGCCUGGAGAUGGAUGAUGAAAGAUAUUUUAAUGAGAUGUCUGCACAAGGAUUAAGACCUCGUACUGUGUCCAGCCCAAUCCCUUAUACACCUUCUCCGAGUUCAAGCAGACCUAUAUCACCUGGUCUAUCCUAUGCAAGUCACACAGUUGGUUUCACGCCACCAACUUCCCUGACUCGAGCUGGACUGUCUUACUACAAUUCCCCAGGCCUUCACGUGCAGCACAUGGGGACGUCCCAUGGCAUCACAAGGCCUUCACCACGGAGAAGCAACAGUCCUGACAAAUUCAAACGACCCACACCGCCUCCGUCUCCCAACACACAGACCCCAGUCCAGCCACCUCCACCUCCACCUCCGCCACCCAUGCAGCCCAUGGUCCCCUCGGCAGCCACCUCGCAGCCCACCCCAUCGCCACAUUCGGUUCACCCUUCCUCCCAGCCUUAAUGCAUGUGCUUAGUCUGAAUUUCAAGUUGGGACUCGUCCAAUGGAGCCGUCUAUUCAACGCCAAAGGCUUCUUUCCCUGGCAUAUUUGGAUCUGACUUAUUUGCACUGAGGUUAUCUAGGCUUCACUAUUCAUUGUGUUGUAAAUGUUUGUUGGAAAAGCAGCCAGUGUUGUGGCUCUGCAACACUAACCAGACGACUUUCUCCAUCGUGUUUUACUUGAAUCUUCAUGUGUGUCCAUUUCCUGGCUAGAACAUUUGCUAUUUGGUGUUUGGUAAUACAGCUGCAGUGUGCAAUUAUUGCUUAGCCCCAGAGCUUCAUUUUCUUGGCUUUUAGGUUUGUAAAAUAAAGGGGGGGGGAAUAUCUUUUUUAUAUAUUUUUUUUUGUCCAUGAAUUUGCAGAAAAUUACUGAGCUAUUGGUAUUUGCCAAACAUACCAAGAAUUCAAGCACUAUAGUACAAGACCUUUAAAAAAUCUAACUUUCAAUGUAGACUGGGAAGUUGGAUGAAUCAGUGUCCAAAACAUAGAUAUUGUUUAAUAGAGCUUUCUACAGAUACACUUUUUACAGAUUAUUUUCAUUGUAAGCUGAGAACCAUGUCUCUUCUAAGACAGCCUAAUGUCACAAUGGGAUAGAUAAUUACUGCAAAUUAGGAUGUGAUUCCUUUCUUUGUCCACAACCUUAAUCCACCUAAACAGAGUCGAUAAAUGUUCUAUGCUAAUUUAGAAUUUGCUCUUCGAUUUUGAAUGCGGAGGGCAAUGUGAUUUCUUUCACAUAAAUAAUAGGAGUUCUCCUUCCAUUUCUUUAUUUGUGGCCUCUUGAGAUAGAGUUUCAGCAAAUAUUAUAAAGGUGCAAAAUGCUAUCAGAAAAUACUAUUUGAAAUGGACAAGUAUAUCUUGGCAUAAUAGCCACAAAAAUACUUUAUUGCUUGGCAGAAAAGAAAAAGUAUAGAAGAAAGUAGAACCUUCACAUUGAGGACUGCUUAUUUUGCCCAGUAUAAGCAAGUACAGUGUACAAAGGAGUAUAUUCUGAAUACAUUAUUUCCCUUCAUUUAGCACAAAUAAAUCCUUUGGUUUCACUUUGAAGUGGAACACCCUGCGUCAACUCUUUUCUUGAUACUUGCUACAUUUUUAUUUUUGUUUCUCUGCAGUUACUGUUUUGUAUUGGUAGUAAAGUGAUUUUUACCACCUGUGUUUGCAUAUUUAUAUAUGCUGUGGGUGAAAAUGACUUACUAGAGAAUGUAUAUUUUAUGAUGAGAACGUGUAUCUGUUGGAUAUAAUCAGAGAACUAAAAAUUAAUUUAUCAGUAAUUUUUAAGAGUUCAUGAUUUGUGACAACCAUCUUCAAUAGCUAACUCCUUAUUGAACACACUCCUAAAAAAUAAGGAACCAUGAAAUUGUAGAUAUUUAAUAUUGUACAGUAUAGAAACCUCCAUUUUUGCCUUCGAAUGCAUAUUUAAGAGUUAACAGAGUGAAAAAGAAAAGUGUUAUUGGAUAAUAGUGUUUGACUAGCAUUUUAAGAACUUGAGAGUAAAAGCAACAAUAGGAUAUUUUUCACCUCUUCUGCCCCCAACCUGAGAACGUCAUCCUUGAUUACUAGGAAAAACAAAUCGUUGGUCUAUAAAAAUUUUAUUUAUAAUGUGUAUGUAGUAUUCAUAAUCAUAGUACAGUUCUCAAGCAUGGGGAACAAAUUUGGCAUUUAUUAUUGAGGCUUUAGGUUUUUAGUAUCGAACUGGGCCAUGUGACACAUGGGAUUGUCUCCCAAUUGCUCACUGACCUCCUGGUACAUUAUAAUUCCCAGGAAUUCUGAGACGAGGCAAACAAAUUUUGCCUUCACGGUACAGAGAAAUAUGGUAUAUGUUUACAAGAAUCUUUUCUGAGAUUGUAGAUUUCAAUGCUGUUGGAUAGUGUCUUGUACUCAAAACAAGAAAGUCCCCUCCUGUAAUAAUCUUCCCUCAGUUUUCUACCAAUUUCAUUCUGUCCUGAAAGCACAAGAAUUAAAAAAACAACAACAAAAAAACCAUUGCCAUAUGGUAAGUGAAAUGCACUUGGGGUAAGCAGACAGUUCCCAGUAAACACCUUUGAGAUAGAUUCUUGACAUUCAACCUUCUGCCGAAAUGUACUGCUGGUUCCCCGAGAGUCGUCGAGAUAAAGCAUCGCUCCUUUCAACAGCACUUUUCCAACGUAAAUGUAGUUGCCCUCUACAGACAUUCAGAACUGAUAGAACAAACACUACUAUUUUGAAUUAGUGAUGUCUUAUGUCAUUUUAAAGUGUUUGAUGGCCCCCUGUGGAGCCUGUAAUGCUUGGGCAGUACCUCCUAGGACAAUUUUUUGGCAAUGACUUAGCCACUAGGGACUGAUAAGAGUCACAUCCUGAGCCCAUAGAAACGGGAACACCCUCAUUCACGGGGAACUAACAUACCUAGGUUGGUCAAUUCUCAUGGGACCUAAAUGUGUUUCCUGUCAUUUCUUUUGCCCACUUGUUCAGCCUAACUAACCCUGGAUUGAUCCCAAAAGGUCUUUGUAAUAUCAGUAGCCGUCUUUCAGGCAGGUGGGAGCAACUGUAGCUUUCAGUAGCUUCAUUUCCUGUCUUGCUUACAGAGACCCUUGGCUACCACUGUGCUGCUAAUAGGAUAAGUACUCUGUUGCCAGAUUACCAUGCCUUUCUUUAAAACCAAAUUAACUUACCUGAUGCCUCUGGGCUCUGAACUGCUUUCUCUGAUCAAGCAUGCUGGCAUUCUAGACAAGAUUCUAGAAAUUUGGCAGAUGAUGGGACUAGUUAAGAUUUAAUUGAACUGACUCCUUUGUUGAUUGGAAGGAGUUUUGAAAUUCUAAGCUCCUGUGAUUAGCAACCAUGGAAAGAAUGUGUGACCAGAAUGUGGCUUUGACACCAAGUGCUGCUGUGCCUUUAUAAUUGGCUUCUAACUGAUUUGACCAGAAAUAAUUGACAAUGAACUUUUUGUUGAUUGUUCAAUUAUAGGAAGAUAGAAUGUGUAUUGCCCUUUGUUAGGUAGACAUGAACUCUCCCCAUACAAAGCCUUGCUUUUAGAAGAUGCCCAAUAAGACAAAAGAAAAAGCUGAGUUACUUGUGCUUUGAGAGCUUAAUAUUUUUCUCAGUACAGAAGAAUCAUUUCUGGGUAACUUGAUCUUCUGUUAAUUACUUGUCUUAUAGGUAACCAACACUGAAAACUUUGUAGUGAUGACUACCAAAGAAAUACAUAGUAAAUGAAACAAACUUAUUUCCAAAUUACUGAAGAGCCAGCCAUUGAUGCUGCUACAUGAGUUCCAUGCUCAAGAGCCAUUUUAAAGGAGAUUUUAAGGGGUUUUUAUAGUUUUGUUUUUUUUUUAAUUCUUACUUGAUGAAACAUGUUUGCAUAAAGUUUGGGGGAGCAUUUUUCAGAAUGCUCAGCAGUUGUGAUUAGCUGCCACACCCAGUAUGCCUCCUGUUAGGCAAUCAGAAUCCUACGUUUGUGAUAGCAUGGGUGCUGCGUGUGUGCACGUGUGCAUUUGUGCAUUCAUGCCUUAACUUGGGUUAUUGCUCAAUAUUAGUGUUUGACUUAGUCUGCACUGUCAUCUAGAUUGUAUUAUACAUCCUGGCAGAAACAAAGUUGCAGGCACAACAGGUUAAGAAUACAUUCCUCUGAAAGAAUAUCUGGUCAUAUGGACCCCUGAGUCUUUGGACUUUAUUUGGAACUUAGCCUGGAAAACAAAGGUGGAUUGUCAAACGGAAUGUCAACAAGGAACAGAGGAGAGCCAGAUGCUAGCAUGCCUUUUGCCUCUGCAUAUCCGUGCACACUGUAUGUUGUUCAUGAUAGCUUGUCUACAACUUGACUAGGUUGGAGUUCUGGUAAUCGUGGCAAUCUUGACAUUCUUGGUCAGAGUUUAGAGAAAUGUAAGACUUCUGAUUAAUGUCUUAUUUACUUUAUGUUGAUUAGUCUUUGAUAUAUGUGCUGAAUCAGAAACCUAAAUAAAGAUAAUUUUUUAAAAUGUA